AUGACCAAGGCGGCGGGUGACAUUUCCUCCGUCUUCCCCAGUUUGCGACCAGACUACAAGCCCGAGCCUUUGCCGCCGCGGUUUAAGGAGUUGAAGCUCAGAUUCUUUGAGAAGAAUGAAAAGGCAUUGACCCAGAGCUGGAAGAGAUUGUUGGAGAGUUUGGAGGAAGAAGUACACAAGAUUAAGGCAAAAGGAAGCGAUAUUAUUCCUUCUGUCAAUUACUCAGAUGUCGUCGCUGGCAAGGUGCCUGACGAGCUCCUCGCCGAAAUCCGUCACCGUGGCACUGUGGUUGUCCGAAACGCCGUGCACCGAGAUCAAGCUCUCGAGUGGAAAGAAAGAAUCAGGGACUAUGCUUCUGCCAACAAGGAACGUGUCAAGGCCUUCCCACCAGAGUCUCCUGCGGUCUACGAGCUGUACUGGACCCCUUCGCAGACAGAGGCCCGCGCCCAUCCCGGCGUGGUCGGCACACAAAACUUCCUACAAACAUUGUGGCAUUCGUCCGAUCCCAGCAGUCAGAUCUCCACAAGAAACCCGGUCUCCUACUCGGACCGCCUCCGUAUUAGAGACCCGGGUGAUGCAAAAUUCACUCUUGGUCCCCAUAUCGAUGGUGGAUCAUUAGAGCGCUGGGAAGACCCCGAGUACUCGAAUGUGUACAGCAAGAUCUUCGAAGGCAAGUGGGAAGAAUACGAUCCUUGGGAUGCUAAGCACCGCCUCAAGGCUAAGAUGGACAUGUACAACGGCGCUGGAGCAUGCUCCAUGCUGAGAUUCUUCCAAGGCUGGCUUUCCAUGUCCGAUACGGGCCCGGGUGAGGGGUCGUUGCAUGUAUGCCCCAUGGUCAACCACAGCACAGCCUAUACCAUCCUUCGACCAUUCUUUGAUCCGAAGACUCAAGAGCCUAACCUGGAUGCUACCUUCCCGGGCUCUGUUCCUGGUGCCUGUCAAGAAUACAACCCCGUCACCCACCCACAUCUCGACCUGGAGUCGACGAUGGUGCCCGUCCCCAAGGUUGAGCCUGGUGACUUCGUGGCCUGGCACUGCGACUCACUGCACUCCGUGGACAAGGAACACAGAGGCAAGACAGAUUCGAGUGUCCUCUACAUCCCCGCAACCCCUCUGUGCGAGAUGAAUGUGGACUACCUCAUCAAGCAGCGGGAGGCGGCUCUUGCUUACUCUCCCCCAUGGGACUUCCCCGGUGCCGGUGGCCCCGGUGAGAAGGGUUUCAAGGGCGCAGUUGACUGGAACUCUGUCAACCCUGAAGGCUUGCGGGCCAUGGGUAUGGGAGACAAGCCCUGGGAGAUCACUGAAGAUAUGAGCGAGGGAGAGAAAAAGGCCGUUGAGAUUGCCAACAAGACAUGCUUUGGCGCAUAA